CACAAGCUGAAGUCAUCGCAGAAGGACAAGGUUCGGCAGUUUAUGUCCUUCACGCAGGCGGGGGAGAGGACAGCCGUGUACUGCCUGACGCAGAAUGACUGGAAACUAGAAGUCGCCACGGACAACUACUUCCAGAACCCGGACCUCUACUACAAAGAAUCCAUGAAAAACUCAGUGGACCGCAAGAAGCUGGAACAGCUCUACAACAGAUACAAAGGCAGGCGUCACCCCCAGGAUGAGAAUAAGAUCGGCAUCGAUGGGAUCCAGCAGUUCUGCGAUGACCUGACUCUGGACCCGGCGAGCGUGAGCAUACUUGUGGUGGCGUGGAAGUUCAGAGCAGCCACACAAUGUGAGUUUAGCAGAAAGGAGUUCCUGGACGGCAUGGUGGAUCUAGGCUGUGACAGUCCUGACAAACUCAAGGCUAUUCUUCCGAGACUUGAGCAGGAGCUGAAAGACACUGGAAAGUUUAAAGACUUCUACCAGUUUACCUUCAACUUUGCCAAAAACCCAGGCCAGAAGGGUUUAGACCUAGAUAUGGCUGUGGCUUACUGGAAUCUAGUUCUCACGGACCGAUUCAAGUUUUUGGAUCUGUGGAACCGAUUCCUGCUAGAGCAUCACAAGCGGUCAAUUCCCAAGGACACAUGGAAUCUCCUCCUGGACUUUGGAAACAUGAUUGCAGACGACAUGUCAAACUACGAUGAGGAAGGUGCCUGGCCGGUUCUCAUCGAUGACUUUGUGGAGUUCGCUCGGCCCAUAGUGACAGGGAAUAAACGCAACAUGACAUAAUAUUUGUCCCAGCUUCAUGCAGGACAGAGAUUUAGUUUCUUCCAAGUUUCUUUCCCCCGAAUGAGGUUUUGACACAAAUGAGCCCAAAAGAGACUACUGCUUAGUAAGGCUGCCUGCACCUAGUCGUAACGAUUCUUCCUCCCACCGCACACGAUGCCGUGGGAGGGGAGUCAUUCAGAAACCUACUUUGGAAAGGAAAUCAGGAGGAGAGUGGAUGGAGAGGAAGAGAAAAAAGAUUUUUUUGUUUUGUUUUUUGCAGG